AUGACGGUCACAAGCCUGGUCAUGCAAAACCGUCGAGGCCAUGCCUCGAACAGACCUCUCCGAUUACCCAUAAUUGCUCCCAAGGAAGAGAUUAUCGGAAAACCCGAAAAGAGCUUGGUUGCUCCCCCGCGCAUACGUUUGCCUCCACGAUCAAGAACCGGUUGUUGGACAUGUCGGAGUCGCAAAGUCAAAUGUGAUGAGGGACAUCCACAAUGCAAUCAAUGUACUCGACUUGGCCAUAUUUGUGACUACCGGCCUCGCCUGGCCUUUCGCGAUGAUACUCCCCGCAUCAUGGGCCGAAUGGCCGAUGUGAAAACUGAAGGCAAUCACAUCUGGGAUCUUUCAUCACCAAGCCCCAUGGAGGACAAUCGAUCCGAUUACUUUUCACCAAGGGAUUCUCUCCCCGCCUUUGCUUUACUGACCUCGGAUGAGGACCGAGAGAAGAAAGCUGAAGCGUCCAGCCCGGGUACCUACCAUGUGGUCGUGGUUCCAGACAGCUUCUCCACCCUCCCAGAAUAUGCAGAUGACUUGACAGAGAAGCCCAUCGUGACCAGUACUGAAAUCACUAGCUCUGUCGCCAGUAGUCCAACGGGACAUGUUCCAACCAGAAAUUCACAAGACCCCAAUGUGGUUAUCUUGAAGACAUUUGAGGACGUUGCCCGACGAUCUCCUUCGGCUGGGAGAAUGUCCAGGAUUUCCCCCACCUCGGAAAUUUCAGAUCCUUUCUGUGCUCUCUCUUUGUCCCCCAUUCUUGGCUCUCUUCCUUCUCCGAUUUUGGGAGAUGAGAAACUGUCCUUUUUUGAUGCCUACCUGGACCAAGAAAGUCAAGACAACGCCCUCUUUUCGCAUUUCCGCCAUGUUGUUUGGAAGCAAUUAUUUCCACACGAUCGUGGACAGGACGACUCAUUUGGACUCGAGAGUAGUGGUAUGACAUUAAGUGUGGAUUAUAUUGAGCGGGAGGCUGCUCUCUUUCCACCGCUUUCCCAUGCCAUUAUGGCCAUCUCGGCUCUCAGUCUCUCACACAGUGGCACUGGCCAGAAUGUCGACGCGCUGCACCACUACCAGCAAGCCUUUCCUUCUCUUCAGACUAGCCUCCGCAACAGCGAUGACCUCGUCUCUGAUGGGCUCUUCCUUACUCAUUUCUUACUCUUGAUCUACGAGGUGGCCGCCGCUGAGCCUCAUGGCUCCAACCUCUGGGCCCAUCACAUUUCUCGUUUACUUCACAUCUCUUUUCUUCGUCGUAAUCAUUUUGGCCGAGAACCUCACCCAUUCAUCAUCUGGUGGAUCUGUCACAUCGACCUGUACGCUUUGUUAAGCGGGGCUGGAGAAGGAGAGUUUGUGCGGGCCAUGAUCGAUCACCAAAUGCUUCCGGGCUCAGAGUGUCUCCUCUAUCCUGCCGUUGCAGAAGGCUUCAGUGUCAUUUACCCCGACGAACAUGACAGCUUACCCGUCAUGAUGCGCCUCUACUCCGAUACAUUCAGACUAGCCACCCAGCUGGGUUUCCUCGCCGCCCAGCUCCGUCGAGAAAAGCAAACCUUGCCCAUCUCCGAAUUCGAUCAGCGCACAAAAGAAGUCCGGAACUUGCGUCAGUCAUUUGGCCGCCUUUGGGAAGCCUCUGACGUGGCUUGGUAUCAUCAGCGCCAAGAAACCCUUCCGCGCCGAUCUCAGGAAAUCCUACAGCAGUCCGCUACCCUUUUCCAUGUUUGCCAGCUUUUCUCUUACAGCAGCAUGUGGUCUGGUCAACGGUUAGAAUCGGAGUUUAGCCCCGAUGGAGAAAUUGAUCACCAUGCCUCGGAGAUUUUGCGCAUUGCGGAGCAGACAACGAAUACUCGCCGUGCUGAUCGACACUUCUUGGUUUUCCCACUUUUCCUUGCCGGUGCCUCGGCAUCUGCUAGUGGUCUCAAGAUGAUGGCUAUGGAGUUGAUGACCAGCAUGGAGGACGAGGAAGAUGGCAUGGGUCGUAAUGCGGCUACGACCCGAGCUAUCUUGCAAACUGUUUACGAGCGACAAUUAGAGCGCCUCAUGCGAGUUGGGCACACUUUGGAUGUGGACUGGGCGGACCUGAUGGUUCAAGAAGGGCUACAAAUGGUGAACUUUGGUUUUUAA